CAGAGAUCGUAGGCUACUCUACUACUGUAAGGAUUGAGGAUCACAAUCAAUUAAGUUGCGGAGUGUAACCGUUGAUAAACUCUAAACCUGCAACGUCGACACUUUGAAAUUCCUCACAUCUUGGCAAACACGUUACAUUCCUCUCAGCUGCACCCCUCACCUUAAGCUGGUAUGAUAUCAGAGGCAUCACAUUGAAACUGAUCAUCUUUCUUACACCAAUAAUUUCAUCUCUUGAUGCUCUGAAUGUCAUCACCGUCUACGCCACUGAUACCGUCAUCUCUGCUUCGUGAUUGGCUGGACCCUUGCUACCCUGCGCGCAGGCAUUGACGUCACGGUAAUAAAGCAGGUUUGAAGUUUGGGCGAUCGUAGUUGGGAAUGGCAUCACUGGUAGGGAUGGGGGAGAGUAGAAAUAGAGGCCAAGAGACGCCUAGAUUCUUGUGAAAAGCUUCUUUCAAUUCUCCAGACUAUCCACUUCUUCACUUACACUGAACUAUCUCCACUGAUCACUUACACAAUAUCCACUACCACUUACACGCACACUACACUACACUACUCCCAAGUCAUCAUAUAAAUCAUCAUCAUGGGUCUCUUUGGUCGUCGUGAACCCUCCCCAGAGCCAAUCCGCGAGGAACCCCCCCGCAAGCACGGCCUCUUCUCCUCCUCAUCCCGCCACGAGCCCACAUCCACACGAACAUCCACAUCCUCCCACCACCGUCACUCCCGCGGUUCAGCCUCCUCAUACGACCGUCGACACUCGCGCUCCUCAUCCCGCUCCCCAUCUCGUCGUACCUCCAACGGCGGCGGCUUCUUGUCUCGUCUAGGUGGAAACCGCAACGAGCACGACCCUGCUGUUCUUGAGGCGAGAGAGCGAGUUCAUGAUGCUGAGAGGGCGGAACGUGAGGCUGAUCGUGCGCUGGAGGAGGCGAGACUUAGUGUGAGGGAGGCGAGGGAGCAUGUUAAGAGGUUGGAGGUUGAGGCAAAGGAGGAUUCGAGGAGGGCUAAGGUCAAGCAGACUCAGGCUAAGGAGAUGUCGAAGAUGGGACGAUCUCUUGGCCGCCACGGAUACUAAAUAUCCAUCAAAGCAACAGAGCGCUGGAGUAGUUGCACUGUAUAAGUAAUCUUGUUCUGUAUUAUGACUGUAUGAGAAGAAAAGCACAAGUACACGAUGGAGCUAUCAAGGAGUUACGAAGCAGCGUUUUAGUUUAAGCAGAUAUUCUUUCACAAUACCGAUUUGCCUUAUCCAUUUUAUAUUAACCAUAGAGAUAUGCCGAAUACCAGAUGAUUUCUUGAUAGCAAGAUCAAUGUCUAAACCAUAGCAUGCAGGUAAAUUAUAUGCAGAUAAAAUGUCAGUAUUCUCCAUGAACUUCAG